CCAAUUCUAGCCGCCACCUGUCACUCUCCAUUCCUCAAAAGUCAAAUCUAGUUUUUCACCGCCGACGCCGACGUCGUUUCUGUCGCCGGUCCUUAUUUCGGCGGCCUCCCACUUUCUCCCUUUCUUUUAUUUUCCUUUCCUUUUUUUCUUCCUCUCAUAUCUCUCUCAUUUCCUCCCUUUCUCUUCGUCUCUUCGCUCUUUAGCAGCCUUUGAACCUGCCUUUUUUUCUUCUGCAAUAUUUUUCGUAGAGAGAGAAACGGAUAACUAAGGUUUUACAUUGGAAGCCAUAGAAAUGUCUCUGUUGCAGCCGUAUUUCCAACAAUGCCUCUUCUCAGUCUCUUGUCCUUGUCCGUCGCUGUACAUAUCUGUCUCUAAACGAAGCUUCAUCUCUUGUUGCUCGUCGCAGUCCCAAACGGCAGUCGUUAAUGGCACACUCGAUAGCAGAACCGCUGAAAGGGAUGAGAUUCGUCUCGGCUUGCCUAGCAAAGGACGCAUGGCUGCGGAUACUCUCGAUCUACUUAAGGAUUGUCAAUUGUCGGUUAAGCAGGUCAAUCCCAGGCAAUAUGUUGCCCAAAUACCGCAGCUUUCCAAUUUGGGAGUCUGGUUUCAGAGGCCCAAAGACAUUGUACGGAAAUUGUUAUCUGGAGAUUUAGAUCUUGGUAUCGUGGGGCUAGAUACUGUCAGUGAAUAUGGGCGGGGUGAUGAAGAUCUUAUAAUUGUUCACGAUGCCCUAGAGUAUGGAGAUUGCCAUUUAUCCCUUGCAAUUCCUAAGUAUGGGAUCUUUGAGAAUAUCAAUUCACUGAAGGAGCUAGCCCAGAUGCCCCAGUGGACUAUUGAGAAACCUCUAAGAGUUGCAACUGGCUUCACUUAUCUUGGUCCUAAAUUUAUGAAAGAAAAUGGAUUGAAGCAUGUGAUAUUUUCAACUGCUGAUGGAGCCUUAGAGGCAGCUCCUGCGAUGGGAAUAGCUGAUGCAAUUUUGGACCUUGUGAGUAGUGGGACAACACUGAGGGAGAACAACUUGAAAGAAAUUGAAGGUGGAGUUGUAUUGGAAAGCCAAGCUGUUCUAGUUGCUAGCCGAAAAGCAUUAAUCCAGCGGAAAGGUGCACUGGACACAACACAUGAGAUUCUUGAAAGAUUUGAGGCUCAUUUGAGGGCAAUUGGCCAGUUCACGGUAACUGCAAAUAUGAGGGGUAGUAGUGCAGAGGAAGUGGCUGAGCGAAUACUGAGCCAGCCGUCAUUAGCUGGGUUGCAGGGGCCCACAGUGAGUCCAGUUUUUUUCAUGCGUGAUGCAAAAGUAGUUGCUGACUACUAUGCCGUAGUCAUAUGUGUACCCAAAAAGGCUCUUUACAAGUCUGUACAACAGUUGAGAGCGGUUGGAGGUAGUGGCGUGCUAAUUUCACCGUUGACCUACAUUUUCGAUGAAGAGACCCCAAGAUGGAGAGAGCUUCUUUCAAAGCUUGGCCUUUAGUCCUUUCCAGUGGAUGAAUGGGUGGUUUACUUGCAUUUCAUAUCAAUGCUGAAGAAUUUUUUAGCCCUUGGGAUUCCUAGGUGGUUUGAAAACUACUUUGGCGGGAGUUAGGACCACCAAAGUUUUGUAUUGUGCUUUCUUUUUCUCCUGUACCUUGUUUCUUUUACCUGCUUUUUUCCUUCCCCAUUGUAACCACAAGGAUGAUAUAGAAAAGCUUAUUUUCCUUCUGAUUGUGUAUGACUACUGGAAAUAAUCUGUACCAUUACUAGUUUGAGAUUUUAUGGAAAUGCAGUCACUGGAUUUAUAUGUA